AUGUCCACCGGUCUUGACAUCGUCCACACUGCUGGCGCCGCCCAGCCCGUCGGCCCCUACUCCCAAGCCAUCAAAGUCAACGGCCAAAUCUUCCUCUCCGGUCAAAUCCCCCUUACCAAGGACGGCGUUCUGAUUGAGGGUUCCGUCACGGAGAAGACCCGUCUCUGCUGCGAGAACAUCAAGGCUGUUGUCGAGGAGGCUGGCUCUAGCGUGGAGAAGAUCUUCAAGGUUACGGUCCUCCUCGCUGAUAUGGCCGACUUCGAUGAGAUGAACAAGGAAUACGCCAAGUUCUUUGCUCACAAGCCUGCUCGCUCUUGCUUUGCUGUUAAGCAGCUGCCUAAGGGUGUGCCUGUUGAGAUUGAGUGUAUUGCUCUUGCUUAG